AUGUCGUCCAUUGCGCCACCGUUUACACUAGAGUCCGCCACUCAAAAGGUGCGCGAAUACGAAAACUACUGGAACACGCGCAAUGUGGACGGUCUGCUGCAGUCGUACGCACCCAACAUUGUGUGGCGCAACCGCAAUGCCAAGCUGCACGGAGUCGAUGAGAUCGCCGGGUUUCUGCAGCUCAAGUGGGGCCGUGAGCUUGACCUGCGCAUGAUGAAGGAACUGUGGUGCUACUCUGAUAACAGAAUCUCGGCGCGUUUUGUGUUCGAGUGGCACGACGACUCGGGCAACUGGUUCCGCUCGUAUGGCAACGAAAACUGGGAGUUUAACGACGAAGGUCUUUUGAAGACGCGUUUCAGCAGCACGAAUGAUACUAUCAUCGACAUUGACGAACGCAUCUUCCACUGGACGACGCCCACGCGACCGCUCAACCACCCCAGCAUCAGCGACCUGGAUCUGUAG